AUGGCUCCCUCUGCUGAUGAUCAUUCCACUCCACUUUCUGGUACCUCUUCUUCAAGCUUGCUUGAUUCCUCCAAUCCUUAUUACCUACACCCAUCUGAUUCACCUGGAAUGAUUCUGGUGAACUCUCCUUUUGAUAGGAAAGGAUAUGCAGGAUGGAGCAGGGCUAUUGUCAUCACUCUUUUAGCCAAGAACAAGCUUGGUUCAUUGAUGGGUCUUCUACUGAGCCAGCUGAUGUUUCUGCUCACUACAAGUCUUGGAGCAGAUGUAAUGACACGAGAAAUAUGGAAGGAGUUAGAAGCCAGAUUUGGGCAGUGUAAUGGAGCUCAGCUGUACCAGCUCCAAAGGGAACUCAAUGAUGAUGUCCAAGGUGCUUCAGAUAUAGCAGGAUAUUUCACAAAGGUCAAACAGAUCUGGGAUGAGUUAGAUGCCCUAAAUACCUUUGACCAUUGCUCGUGUAAGUACACCUGUGGUGGUAAGAAGAAAACCCUCAAUUCUCAUCAAGAUGGCAGGCUGAUCCAGUUUUUGAUGGGGCUUAAUGAAGCCUAUUCAAGUGUUAAGAGCAGUAUUCUAAUGAUGGACCCUCUUCCCACUGUUAGCCAUGCUUAUUCUUUGCUUAUUCAAGAUGAGAAACAAAGAGAAGUCCAUGUUGCUGCUCGUCCAUCUGAAGCUACUUUCCUGGUUACAAAUCAGAAGUUUAACAACAAUCAAAGGACAAACAGUUUUCAGAAGUUUAAUUCUACUGCUGGACCUAUGAAACACAACUCUGAUAAGCCAAAGGGAGGAAAUUUUGCACUUACUGUAAAAUGA